GAAUGCCUUCAUACUCGCGCCGCUCUGAAAGUCGCGACCGUGACAGACAUCGAUCUUCGCGAAAACGUUCUAGAUCUCGAGACCGUGAUGAAAGCUCUGAUCGUAAACGCAAACGUUCUGAAAAACGUCGUGAUAGAAAGCGAGAAAAAAACAGGUCAAAAAGUUCAACACCAACAACACCAAACGAACGAAUCUAUGCGCCUGCGGACGUAGCAUGUGAGCUAGAUGGAGGAAAUAUAAAUAUGGCACAACUUGAUAAGAAAACUGUUGACUGGCUGCAUGAAAAGAUAAAUGAUCAAGGCGAACUUGUACACGUGGGAGGAGUGCUCGAAAAACAAAAAUGCUCGAAAGCAAUUAAAGUGGUGUCAAGCAGACUUGGCGACAUUGAGGAAAUUAUUCGUGAGAGAGUUAGUGCUGCAAAGAUUGAUAUGGAACAAAGACUAAGACUACAGAUUGAAUCCGAGCUUAAAGAGGAAAUGGAAGCCAUUCAAAGACGAGAGAAUGAGUCUAAAGAGCGAUGCCUCAACAUGGAAAGAGCGCUAAUUGAGAAAAUAAAGCAACUUGACGAAUCAGAAAGACAACUGUGAUGAACGUCUUCAAAUGUUAGAAUCAAAAAGAAUGUUCGAAGAAAAGAGAAUUGAGCUUGAUCGUGAAAAAGAAAUCCU